AUGGACUUGAUGCGCUUUGUACCCAAUAUCCCGCUGAGACCUACCACACAGGUACCGCGCUUGGAACACAUUUGCAAAGUAUCUGUGAAGGAGGACCCACUGAAAAGGGUAAUUCCCGGGAAGUCCGCUUGGUCACGACUACGACGUUGGUUCCUCGGGGUGCGGAUUGCGUCGCGCAAACAUCCACUCACGCAAUGGUGCCUAAAGAGCACUCGGGCGAUCGAUUACGAGAUCCUUCGGCACCUUGAUCUAUAUCCUUACAUGAUCCAUCCUUUUAGUACCUUCAGAAUAUACUGGGAGUUCGCUAUGUUGCUGUUCACCAUAGUCGCUCUUCUGGUCACACCGGUUUUUCUCGCGUUUUACUUUGACAAAUUCGAGAAAUGGUACCUCUACAACCUCGCAAUUGACGCUGUGUUCAUAUGUGACAUAGUGAUCUGGUUUUUCACUGGCUAUUAUGAUUCCCGCACGCAAUUGAUAGUUAUGGAUCCGACAUUCGCCAUGAGCAAAUAUCUUCGAGGAUUUUUCAUCGUGGACAUAUUACCCGUGUUGCCAUUAGAGCUAUUCAUCGUGCUUUUUGAAUCAUUGUGGUAUUUAGCGUCGCUGAACUUGUUGAAGAUAUUGCGAAUGCGAACCACCAUCAUUUAUUUAAGCCGACUCUAUCACGUAUACCAAAUCAACUUUCAUCUGUAUAAAAUAAUGGAGAUAGGCAUUAUCGUUAUCAUGUGCGUACACUGGACCGCUUGUUUAGAGUAUUAUCUGCCGUUAAUGGUGGCCAAGAUAGCCGGGCAAGAUGAUGCAUCGUGGAUUCAAUCGCCUUAUAUGGCGAAAAGGAAAACAAGACGCGCAAUAUACAUAUCGUGCGUAAAUAGGGCAAUCAUCUCGUUGACCGGAUCUAAGCAUUAUUUGAACAUGCUUGCACCAGAAGAUAUCGCGUAUAAUUUAAUUCUUACGAUCUUUGGAUUUCUUGGAUUUGUUUAUCUGUUGGCGCGAUUCUCACAGUUAACGACGACAUUUCACUCUACUAGCAAGAGGCAUAUGAAAUUAAUUCAGCAGCUGUACACGAGGUAUAAGGAACUAUCGCAACCCUUGCAACGACAACUGACAGCUUAUUAUCAGUAUCGCAACAAGAAAGGAUUCGAAACUGAUAAGCUGAUUAUCAAUCACGUAUCGCCUUACUUGCGAGAAAAGCUCCUCCUGCAUAAGUAUCAGCGGCUGGUGAAGAAUGUAGAACUGUUCAAACACUUGCCUGAGGUGGUGCUGACGCAGUUAAUCGGCACCGUGCGUUCCGAGAUCUUCAUGACAAAUGAUGUAUUGAUCACUGCCGGUACGAACGGCGACGCCUUAUAUUUUAUCGCUUCUGGCACUGUGGCAGUCUACAAUAUUAUGGGGAGGGAGAUGUGCCACUUGGAGGACGGCGCGUACUUCGGCGAGUUGAGUCUGGUGUUAGAAGAUGAGCCGAGGCUCGUCAAGAUUGUCGCUGUGGAGAAUAGUGAAGUCUAUAUUUUAUCGCGUGUCGAUUUUAAUCGUGUCCUCGUCCCGUAUCCCGAUCUUCUGAAUUAUUUACAAGAAGUCACUCUUGUGAAUUUGGAGCAAACGCCGGGGCUCGAGAAAAUCUGCGAAGAUCGGGAUUCGCUGUUGUCGGUGUCCGGGGGCGUCAACAUCAGCGGCAUAAAGGCCAAGAGGAAGGAUUGAAUUGGCGUAUAAGAAGUGGCGAGUCCUGCGUUGUUGCGGAUACUUAUAGGACUGCUGGUACACAGUCAUAAGCCGCCAAUGUUCGGGAUAAUCAGUA